AUGGCAGCAGCCCCGAGUCUCAAGCAAUCUCCUCGCCCUCCAGCCUCAACGCCCGUGCCCCUGGAGGUGCGAGUGGUGCAAGAGAGCGGCUGUGAUGCCUCCGCGGCUUGGUCGGAAGUGCCUGACGAGCCACUGCAGUUGCCGCAGAUCGCCGGUCGAGUGGGACAGGGCGACCUCGGGGGUGACGUGUCGUGCAUCGCGCCGACCGCUUCACAGGGCAAGCUGCUCCAGGCCAUGCCACGCUUCAUGCAGACGAUGUCGCAGGAGGACGGGCCGGACAUUCCGAUGAUUCUGCCGAUGGAAAGUAGCGGACAACACUGCCUGGACGUGCUGACCUGCCUUUGUGCAAUCAUGGCCGUCCUCUGCUUCUGCGGCAUCAUCGUCUGUGUGGUGAUGUUAGUUUUUAAUGAGACGAUGCCAUUUAUGUGUCCUUCUCACCACGUUGUUUGCCAGGCUUUGGAGCACUCGGCAAAUCCUCGCUUCCGAGCGACGGUUCUGGCGGUGUUCACCCUCAUGGUGGUCUGCCUGCCUUUGGCCUUGGCUUCGUGCCAGGGCCAGUGUAUAUGCUUGAGAGUGUUCUUGCGAGACGAUGGGCUCGUUUCCCAAAUGAAGCGCUGUCGUGACGCCUGCUUCAAGCGUCUUCUGGCGGCGCCGUCGGAGAUCGCCAGGAGGGUGCGCUCUGUUCGGUCCAAGAAGCCCUCACACGGCCGCGUGCACCCGAGCCAGGAGGGGCCAAGGCAGCUUCCGACGGUCUGCUUCGGUGCUCAUGGUGUUCAGGACUUUAGCAACUUGGCCAUCGUUCCUGCUCCGCAGUUGGCCCACACAGGGUCAAGGGCCAAGCAAAUGCUAGAAGGCUUCCCGAAACGCUGGCGCCAGAUUACGACGUUGCCUUUCCGCGAGCUGAUCGAACUCAGCCCUUCAGAGGGUGAGGGUGCCGAAGUUGCAGCCCUGGUGCUCAGUGACAGAACGUGGCACCGACCCCCACGUUGCGAGCAGGUGCUCCGCAUUGAGAACUCCAAUGCCUGGGCAGCCUACACCGCCCGGAAAACUCAGCUUCUCUCCAGACGAAACUGGUCUGGGGAGGAGGAUCUACCACUGGCUUCUCCCGGCCGCCUAGAUUUCUGCACAGACGAGCUGGACAUCCGGCUCAACGAGCAGUUCCUCCUGUGUGGCACGACCGUCGAGCUUGCCGAGUAUGCGCAAGCCACCGGAGAGGUAGUGGCCAGCCACGAGAGCGCGCGGCACCAGCUGCAGCAGUCCCUGGGUGGCGGCAUCCACUUCUGCUACCAAGGCUUCAUCGCACAUGAGCAGGCAGCAGAUGCUGGGUACAGCCGCGACGGCCUCGAGACCCCUUGGGCGGUGUUGGUUUGCCGCGUGCUGGUUGGCAGGCCGUUGCGACACAGCGGCCGCCGUGGCGGCCCGCGGCUGCAGCGUGACUGGGAAAGCGGCCGCUUCGGAAGCCUCCUCCUUGGCGAUGAGACCUGUCGCAUGGAGAUCUUCAUUCCACUGGAUGCCAUAGCAAGCGUUUACCCGGAAUAUGUGGUGAUCCUGCGGUAA